AGAAAUAAAUAAGGGUAGGAUCCCGUCCCGCGUUCAGAGCGGCAACAUUAAUUUAUUUUUUGUUAAAGUUUUGUUAGUUUGAGUUUGAUAGCUCGUUAAUUAAAACGCAUUUUAUUUAAGUAUUUCACAAUUCAAAUUUCAUAUUAUUGGAGCUUACGAGCUUGGAAUUGAAGUAUAAAAAUAGAUAUUAUUUGUAUGAGACGAGGCGCUGCGGAAACUACAGUUGAUUGUAUUUCAGGAAUUGCACUUUGUAUUUAUUGAGAACUAAGUAUAUUUAUUUCUUCAAUAAACUUAGUUAAUAUUUAUUUUGUUAAGUGAUCAGUGUAAUUCAGGCUUGUAAACCAUGCGACAAUUAAUUAUUUUAAAGGUACUAUUUUUCAUACUUCUGAUGAAUGAGCCAAUAGAUGCAAAAAAGCAAAGGACAUCUAUAGUAACGGGUAUUGAUGACUUAAAAGAUUUCAAGAAAUUGUUGAGAACCAAAACUAAUAUUUUGAUUUUGUAUGUCAAUGUUCCAAAGUCAUCACAGACCUUAUUGGAUGUGUUCAAAGAAACAGCAGAUGUAAUGAAAGGACAAGCAACUCUGGUGCAAUUAGAUUGCCAUAGCAGUGAGGGUAAGAAACUAUGUAAGAAAUUGAAGAUAACUUCUGACAAACCUUAUAUAUUGAAGCAUUACAAGGAUGGGGACUUCCACAAAGAUUAUGAUAGAGCAGAGACAGUCAGUUCCAUGACUAAUUUCCUCAGAGAUCCUACUGGUGACCUCCCAUGGGAAGAGGAUCCCGCUGCAACUGAUAUAUUUCACCUGCUAGAUGGAGAGGCCUUAUUAAAGUUCUUAAAAAAAGCAGCUGCUGCACAAAAGAAAUCACUGAUAAUGUUUUACGCCCCCUGGUGUGGUUACUGCAAACAAAUGAAACCUGAGUAUGUAGCUGCUGCAAGUGAAUUAAAGGGUGAAUCAUUAUUGGCAGCAAUUGAUGUGGCAAAGCCUGGAAAUUCUAAGAUAAGACAGCUUUACAAUAUCACUGGAUUUCCGACUCUUUUGUAUUAUGAAAGAGGGCAAUUCAAAUUCCCUUACAAUGGUGAUAACAAGAAGCAGGCGAUAGUAGACUUCAUGAAGGACCCUAAUUCUCAACAGCAACAAAAGAAGAAAGAAGUCGUUGAUGAAAGUUGGUCGCCUGAUUCUGAUGUCAUACAUUUGAAUGCUGAUAAUUUUGAAAGCGUGCUCUCUAAAGCUGACCACGCGCUAGUGGUGUUUUACGCGCCUUGGUGUGGACACUGCAAACGGAUAAAACCGGAAUUCGAAAAGGCAGCUACGAAAAUUAAGGCUGAAAAGAUUAACGGAAUAUUAGCCGCUGUCGACGCCACCAAAGAACCUGACUUGGCUUCUCGAUUCGAAGUGAAGGGCUAUCCCACAUUGAAGUACUUCAGUAAGGGCGAGUACAAGUUUGAUGCAGGACAUGCCAGACAGGAAGCACAGAUUAUUAGUUUUAUUAAAGAGCCACAGGAGCCUCCGCCGCCGCCGCCGCCAGAGAAGCCCUGGGCCGAGGAGGAGUCGGCCGUGCGCCACCUCGACGCCGCGACCUUCCGCGCCGUCCUCCGCAAGGUCAAACAUGCCCUGGUUAUGUUCUACGCUCCGUGGUGCGGCCAUUGCAAAAGUACAAAGCCUGAGUUCGUGAAGGCGGCGGAACAUUUUGCAGACGAACUGAUGGUGGCUUUCGGCGCAGUGGAUUGUACCGCGCACCAGGACCUCUGCGCUAAUUAUGAUGUCAAGGGCUACCCGACUAUCAAGUACUUCAGCUACUUCGACAAGUCCGUCAUCGACUAUUCCGGUGGACGGAAGGAAGCGGAGUUUGUGUCCUUCAUCCAUAGUCAAGCAGACCAGCAUCAGAAGCAGAAGGUGAAGACAGGCGCGGAAGCAGGGUUCGGGGUGAAUGUCGUGUUGUCCACCGAUGCUGACUUCGAAAAGAUUGUGGCCGCUGAGAAGCCUACUUUCGUCAUGUUUUACGCUUCGUGGUGUGGUCACUGCGUAACAGCGAAGCCGGCGUUUAGCAAACUAGCCACAACAAUGAAUGCCGAGAAUGGGCCCGUGCUCGCCAUUGCCGUCGACGCCGCAGAGAACCCAAAGGUCGCUGAUCUCGCGGGCAUCGAGACGUUGCCUACCUUUAAAAUAUUUUCCAACGGCAAAAUACUUGGCGUUUACACUGGUGACCGCUCGUACGAUGAUAUGCUUCAGUUCUGCAAACAACACGCGAAGGUUAAAGACGAAUUGUGAUCUUAGUUGUCGUCAUGCUUUUUAGACGUCCAUUUUAUUAAUCCUCUCAUCACAUAUCUAUUUAGUUCACAUAAAUUACUGUUUAUGCUGCAGUUUCUAUUCUAAUAUUUUGCCGUGUCUUCUAUUAUAAUUUAGUAUACUUAGUUUUAUUUGCAUGACUUUAUAAUUUGUGAUACAUUAAAUCAUUAAAUAAAAUUGGUUUGCACGUAGGUAUUGAUAUACAAUUUUGCGUUAUUUUGGUCGAUCUUAUUUGUUUAUAAUUCCUAGUAAAGGCAUAACAGUUAAUUUUAAAACAAAAUAUUUUUAUGUGAAAAUAUUAAGUACUUAUCAAUUUAUUUUUGUAUACCAACAUUUACAAUACGUAAAUACCACAGAAUUUACGGUACUAAAAAUGAACCCGUAAAAUGUUAUUUAAUUUUUCUAACUACAAAAAUAUAAAUGCAGAAUUACGAACACAAGCUUACAACAAUACUUAUUUGAUAAUUAUACUUCGACAAAUCACGUAUGGCCUAUGUAAAAUUAACUUACUUAGUUAUUAUACUUAGUUUUAUAUUAUGAAUUAUAUUAUGAAUCUGCUUUUACAUAAUCAUAAAUGAAAGUCUACGUUAAGAUGUAGUAUUCUCCAAAUAAACGUAUAAAUUCUUCCAAUUUCUCACGGAAGACUAGCGCCGGGGCGCAGUUAUUUAUAUAUAAACCACAAAACGAAUGGUCCUUUAUACCUAAAUGCAAAAGAAAAUGUCGUAUUUUAUAGUACGAAUAUUUUCAUCUUAGCGUAGGCAGUUCUUAGUUCAGACCGACUCAUUAUUAUACAUUUUAUUAAGUAUACCUAUAACGGUGUAAAUGCCCAAUGUCCGUCUUUCCAUUUCAACUUUCCAUUCCAAAUUAAAUGCAUGUAUUUAUUUAUGGGCGUGUCGUAAUAAACAGAUAUUCUAAAGUCUGCCUUAAUUAUAGCUAUAUAUUUUUAUCAUUCUAUGAGUUUAGUUUUGCUAUUUUUACAUAUUAUUUUUACUUAAAAUCAACUGUAAGAAAUUAUUAAAAUAAAUGUAUAGGUGUAUAGGUAGGAUAUUAGACGUAGGUAAUUGUAUUGUUGACAUAUCUAUCUUGAUAUUAUUAGAUGAGCUGAAAUUUUGCUGUUAUAUAUGUAAUGCCAAGUAAUAUGUAUGUUAUUUAUUUAUUAGUAUGUCAUUAUAUAAAAAUGAAUAUAUCUAAUAUCAAUAAUGAUAAUGCUUUAUCAAUGUGGCAAUGAUUUUGUAAAUUCUGUAUUAACUGAAAUAAUAGUAAUAUCGUGAAUUAGAUUAAUAUUUUAAAUGUGAAAUAGAGAACGUUUUUUGUAAAAUUACAUAGAGGACAAUAAUUGUUGUUCAGAGUUUAUUGAUUCGGCACACAUUGCUAAAUUGGACUAUGCAACACUGGGUCCAUGUUCAUUCACAAACUUUUUAUCUUUAUUUGUUCUACUAAACCUUAGCUUUUAGUGAGUAACAUUGGAUAAUGUCAACACCAAAAGGGUAUUUUUAUCCGUUUGAAAAUUUAAUUAAUAUAUUGAUUUCUUAAAAUUAAGUUUCAACUUGAGGAAAUUACCAUAUUCAAUAGCUAUUUAUUGAUCAAAAUAUUGAAACAUUGUAUUGAUAUAUUUGAUAUAUAAACAAUAUCAAAAUAUUGUUCCUAUUGGUGUCAUGUAAUUUUUUGCUAAUGUACUUAAUAAAUCUGAUUUACAGUGACAACUUGAAAAACUAUUACAAGAUUGGCAGUCUGAGCAGCACCUUGUAAAUAGGUACGAACUGACUGCAUGUACUAUUGUGUCACAUGUAUUGUCUAUGCAUUUAUGGUAAUGUGGUUUAUAUUGAAAGUCAUAAUUUUGAUUAAUGUUGUAAGGUUGUGCAUCUAUGUAAUUUGGAAAUAUUUCAUACAUUAAUUUUCUUAGUUAUAUAGUACAAUUUAUACAUAAAAUAAUUUUCUUUAUGCAUUUAUGUAGUCCACAAUCGCUUAAGUAUAAAUGUAUAACGUAAUGUAAAAGAUUUUCAUAAGGUCAUGGUAGAAUAGACGUUUAUUCUGUUAUAUACUCAUUUUAGACAAUAAUUAAAUGUCAUUCGACAAGGGCUUCCCAAGGUACACCACCUAUAUACAAUCUUGUAAUAUAUUGAACAGAUUCGUAUGUUAAUGUGUCGACUUAGUUAACGUUAUAUUAUUUAUAAUUGGAAAGUUCUGUGAAAUUUGGAAUUAUAUUUAUAAAUAAGUUAUUUUAUUUAAAGAUAUUAUUGCUGAUUUAAAUUUUACAAAAGCGAAUAUUUAGUUUUCCACUAGUAAUUGUAGACAUUAAAUUAUGCGGCCUAUUUGGCUACGUACUUACCAGAGUGCAUUUCCUUGAAGAUUAUCAAUGAAUAAAAUAUUUAAUACAUCAUUACCUUAUGAAGUUGCGUCUUCAAAAUUGGAACCAAGUAUCUAUCUUAUAAACUUUUAAAAAAUAUGUUAUAAUAAUAUUACACAUUAUUUAACUAUACACAAAAGAUUAAUAUCUACGGAAAGGUUUGUAUUCCAGAAAUUUGCAUUGUGUGUUUUAUAUAUAAUGAACUAUUUCUAACAUUCCGUUUCGUCUCAUAUUGCAGAAUUCGUCAAGUUGCUGCUAUAUUCCAGUUGUACCUUUUCUAUAAGUAAUAUUUUAUUAUUCAUCAAUCAAUGUAAUGAAUAUGUGAUGUUAUAGCAUCUUGAAAAUUUACUUUUUCACAAUAAAUUUUUAACAUUUAACAA